AAGAAAACACGCAUUGUAAAAGUAAUGUAGAAGUAAAUACAGAUAUUUUAAUGAAUUUAGAUUUUUUUUGUGAUAUGAAUAUUGUAGAAAUGAAAAAUAUAAAAUACACACCUGUGAAAAAAGAAGAUAUACAAAUUGACGAAUUUACAGAUUUGAUUAAAAGCGAUAUAACAUUUGGUAAGAAGAAGAAAAAUGGGGAUAUUUGUAACCACAUGGAUAAUAAAAUGAAGGUAGAUACAAAUGAAUAUACAAACGAAUAUGCAAAUGAAUAUACAAACGAAUAUACAAACGAAUAUACAAACGAAUAUGCAAACGAAUAUACAAACGAAUAUACAAACAAAUAUACAAACAAAUAUACAAACAAAUAUACAAACAAAUAUACAAACAAAUAUACAAACGUAUGUGCUAAUGAAGAUACCAACGAAUACAAUCUUAAUAACAGCCAUUCUAAAUAUGAUACACUUGUUAAUGUUGAAAAUUCAUCAUAUAAAAAAAGGUCGCAGAUAUGUUACUUGAAUAAUAAUAAUAAUAAUAAUAAUAAAAUUUAUAACAAUUUCUUAUUUAAAAUACCUACAGGUAUGGGAAAAACAUUAAUUUAUGAUAUUCUUAUUAUUCGUCAAGUUUUAUAUAAAGGUUUUAGAGUAAUUUUAACCUUACCAACAUUAUCUCUAAUAAAUGAAAAAUAUGAAUAUUAUGAUAAAUUAUUUGGUGAUCAAACAGUAUCAUUAAAUAUUAAAAAAUUUAAUAGUAAUGAUUUUACCGGAUAUUCAUAUAGUCUAUCAACAGAUUUAGCCUUAUGCACAUUUGAACAAGCAAACACCAUUUUAAGUAUUAUUAUUAAAAAUAAUUUAAAAUUUAAUUAUUUAUUUAUACUUGAUGAAAUUCAUUAUAUAAAUAAUCAAAAGAGGGGAUUUCAUAUUGAAUCCCUCUUAACAAAAAUUAAAUAUAUCCAGACAAAUUUUAGUAAUAUUUAUAAUAUAAAGGUAUAUGGUUUUUCUGCGACGAUUUCCAACAUUGACCAGCUAGCUGAAUGGCUAGACGCCAAUGUGUAUGAAAGCAAAACGAAACUUCAACGAAUAAAAUACCUGUAUAAAAUAAACAACUCAUUAUACAAAGAUAUAAACAAAAACGAGGUGGAGAGGACGUUGGAAAAUUGUAAUGCGUUGGAUCCAAACCAUUUGGGAUAUUUGAUAAGUGAAGAAUUUAUUUUAAAAAGGAAUGUUUUAAUAUUUUGUCCAUCGAAAAAUAAGAGUGAACAGACAGCUUCAUUUAUAAGUAGUAUACUCCCUUAUUAUUUGAAUAAGAGAGAAUAUAAAAUAAAUAUGGAAUUACAAGAAAAGAGGUUUAAAUUAUUAAAUGAUUUGAAAGGUUUGAAAAUAAAAGUAGCAAAUGUUGAAAAGAUGAUUAUGAAUGGGAUAUUUUAUCAUCAUUCAGGAUUAAAUAUUAAUGAGAAGAAUCUUAUUGAAAAUUCUUUUCGAAGCAAUAUAUUAUUUUGUUUGUGUUGUACAACAACAUUAUCUGUAGGAAUAAAUAUGAAUAUUCAUACUAUAAUAAUUCGUAGUUUGAAAUUAGGAAAAUCAUUUAUAACAAAAGAUGAAAUCACACAGAUGGCAGGACGAUGUGGAAGAUCUCAGAAAAAAUUGUAUGAUAGUACUUCAAGUUGUAAAAAUUUCGAUGAAAGUACAAAUAAAAGUUAUAUGACACCUGAUAGAAGAUAUAGUGAUUCAAGUGGCUUACCUCCUAUAUUAGAUUAUGAUUAUGAUUGUGAUGGGAAAGUUAUAAUAUUUGUGUCUAAUGUAGAAAAACAUUAUUUAGAAAAAAUAUUAUAUGACGAAGAAGAAAUGUCUAAAUUAAAAACUACAUUAAAUAAUAUCAAAAUGUGUAAGUUUUUGUUAGAUUUUAUUCAUUUAAAAUUAAUAAAGACAAAAAAAGAUAUGUUUGAUUUUUUAUAUUUAUAUAGCAUCAAAUUUUUUAAGGCAAAACGUGUAGAAGGCAACAUAAAUGAUGAUGACCAAAAUAAUGAUAAUAAUAAUGAUAAAUGUUGUAGUAAUAAUAAUAAUGAUAAAUGUUGUAGUAAUAAUAAUAAUGAUAAAUGUAGUAAUAAUAUGAAUGAAAAAAUUUUGAUUGAUGUGAAACAAACCUUUCAAUAUUUAUUCGAAAAUAAAUUAAUUACUAUUCCAUAUGAACAAGAAAUGAAUUAUUAUGAACAGGUGUUUAAUAAAAUAUUCCAUAUUAAUUUCUGUGAUAUUAAUAAAAUUUUUACUUUUCAAUAUAUUAAUCAGAAUAUUAAUCCUAAUAUAUUAAUGAAAUAUAAUAUAACACAAAAAAUUAACAUUUUUAAAAAAUUAUAUCAUAAUUAUAAAGGAAAAAAUAUUACUACUGAUAAACAAACUUCUUUUUUCACCUUACCAUUUAUAACAAUCUUAUUAAUUUUUAAAGAUAUCGAAUUCAAUAAAAACCUAUUUCAAAACUUAUAUGUUGAAUUCAUAAAAUAUAUUUUCCUUAUGAAUAUAAAUCUUCAACAAUAUGAUCUUUUCGUUUAUGAUAUAUUAAAUGACGAUGAUCCGAUUGCAUGUACAGAACUGUUUUCUUAUGUACAGUCAGCAUCAAGUAUAAUGGAGUUCAUUUUUAAUUACUCCAUAGUUCAAUAUAUAUACGUUAAAGGGUUUCCACCUGAUGUUUUACUCAUGAUCUUUGCCUUCUGCAUAAAUUCCGAAAUAAAUUUAAAAAUCCACUUUGAUAUAUAUGAACAAAUACUUAUGUCACAUAACAAAAAUAUAAAGAACGUUUUCCAGUUUUUUGGCCUGAACGUUGAAAAGUUAAAAAAUUUCGAGUUAAAAAAUGUUGAUGAUCUUUUCGAUGCUUCCGCAAGCAUUUUAAAGGGAAAAUUAAAUAUUGACCAGAUAUAUGAAAAUUUGGAAUGGAUAAAAAUUAAGAGAUUUUAUUAUGCAAUGAUUAUUUAUGAUUGUUAUAAUGAUGACGUAUAUCAAGUAGCUAAAAAGUACCGAUUAAAAUUAAAAGAAAUAAAAACUGUAUAUUUAAGAUGUAUAUUUAAUCUUUCUUACAAUUGUCGAAUCCUAAAAAAUUUUAAGAACUCUUUAGAUAUAUUCUGUAUUAUUUUAGAAAAUUUGUUGGCGAAAAUGAAGACAAAAAAUUUCCCUUUUAUUUAA